AUGGUGAAGUCCAAUCUGAUACCUACAUCUGAUCUGCAACUCCCAGCAUCCGCUCAGAUUGCGGUCCAUCUGCGAAGCUGUCCAGCCGGCUCCGAUGACAGUCAAUUGACUGCUCACAUUGUGGGUGCUGUACUUGCAAUGACAAUCAGGCACCAGGUCCACUGCGAACUUAGUCCCUACUGUACUUUGUGCCGCGAGGAGCUCCCAGAACCUCCAUAUGUCUUCGGGCGGGGCGGAGAGGAAUUUCUCAGAACAUGGAACCGCAAAUUCUUAGCUAUCUUCAACUUGUCUGAUGGUGACCGCCCUGUCAGAGCUCUCGCAGCCCUAACCGACUUUGAAAGCCCCGAAUACUUUUACGAACUUCAUCCUCUUGGCUAUGCUGCGGAGCCAUCUGCGCAGUUGGAAAUCUGCUUUGACAACUGUUCUAGGCCGCAUCGCCUCGCACAUGCAGUCCACGUUCGGUGUUGGAAACUUGUUCGUUCUCGUGUGGGUGACAAGAAUAUCAACGCGUCAAUUUACAAGCUGGCAAGAUCAACAUAUAAACUUUUCAAGAUCCCCAAGAGCGCAGGAGAUCCGUUGGAGCGCAUCACAAAUUUCGAGCAGGUUACUAGUGAACAGGGUCUGAAUAGCAACGUGGGCCAGUUCUUGAACUUUGUUUCUCGAUUCCCAGUGGAACUUCAGUUAAGGAUCUCAGCCGCAUCGACAGGAAGCCCUUUGUCCACUGCCCUAGUGGUACAUAACUCAUCAACAGGUCUUCUUCGUUCCAUGUCCAAACAUAGUUCCAAGCCUAGCCGAGUAGUCGUCUGUCUCGAUCCUCGCUUCAAAUAUAUCACUGCUCAAUGGAUCAGAAUAUAUGGCCAUCUAUACCUGUCUUUUCUAGAGUCAAGUGAAGUAGACAAUCAGGACGGGAAUCAGAACAGAAUGAAUAAUCGGUUAACGAUCCGGCCAAUCCGAGGGAUAAAAUUCAGUCUCGGCCAAUACGGUGUGCAGGCUUUAAAACUACUCUAUACCGACGAUACAGAUUCUGCUUGGCUUGGAAAUGAGUCUAGAGGCUGGAUAGGUGCUACAUACGGGAAAAAUAUCACGGAUCUUGUAGUACAGAGAGAUGAUCUCAAAUGCCUUCGGAUUGGCCUCGUUCAAGCUCGAGAUCCUGUGCGCACGCCGGAAGAUCUUGUGAUGUGGGACCGCGACGUGUCUUUCUCCGACGCUCAAACCAACUACGUAUAUGACACUAUUGACAGUUGCCCUUCAAUUGCGAAUUAUGCUGGGUGGCGGCUCGCCAGAUAUAAUCCUCUUCUUCGUGGCCAGGAUUACGUGACGGGCAUCACCGUAUACUGUUGCCACCUCUCUAUCCAAGGAAUUAUGACUCAUGGGAAGUCGGAUAUAUUGACCGGCUCUCGCAUAGGAUGUCCUAUUUACCUUCCUCUCCGGAAUGGGGAGCGCCUCGUAUCUAUUUGGGUCUACAGACCUCCUGAUUUAACAAUCCCAUCGAUGAAAAGUCCAACAUUUCUAAUGUUAACAAAUCGCGGUCGCACUCAAGUCUUCUCCCCAGUUUUGGAUAUACCCGCCAGUCGGUUUCUUCGCCGUUUCUGGGCACCUCUAGAUAAUGACGCCAUUUCUCCUAUCGUCUCCAUCUUCUACGAUGCGCUCAGAACUACCGAUUUUGGCGACAUUAUGUCAUUUGGCGUUACGAAAGACGGAGGCAAUGAUCAUUUGAAACCUAUCCCGGCGAACGUCUACAAACCCUUAAUACCAAGGCCGAAUAAUAUCCGUGGCGCCCGGCACUUCUUGUCUGUUGCAAACCUAGUGGAUGUCAACAGAUUAGAUCUCCGCAGGAAUAGAGAGAGAUGUUUAGGUCUGCGAAUCGAGCAUAGCGAUGGCUUGGUCGAAAUUCUCGGACAAUGGGACCCAGUCGAAAAAUUGCAGACCAUGCAAAUUUAUGACAGCGCUCAAGGCGCUCUUAAGGAGAUCUGUUUCUGCUUCGCAGACAAUUACCUCACGAAUAUUGUGGUAGGUUUUGGGGAUGACGUGAGGGUACAGGAAGCAAAUAAAACGAUGAAGGGGGCAUUUUAUUUGAAUGAUUUGACAAAGCAUAUUGCAUGGUGGUUCAAUACGGCGAUCGCUGACCGCGUGGAACUAUGGGACGGUACAUUCGAGGAGCUUGAAUGGAUACGACCUGAAGGUCGAAAGAUGGACUUUGGUGGCCCUUGA